GCUGACCCAUGGGCACCGGAGGAGGUGCGACAAGCAGCAAUGCCCAGCAGGACGUAGCACCUUCCUGUACAAAUUCUGAAAUUUGGUGUAAACUGAACCAUGCAGAGCCUGAAGGUGCUGUCUGUGACGCUGCUGUGUUUCCUGGUGGCAGAGGCCCAGGUCAUCCACCUUGGCAAGUGCCCCGAUCCCCCCGUCCAGCAGAACUUCGACGUCGUCAAGUAUUUGGGCAGGUGGUAUGAGAUUCAGAAGCUUCCCAACGUCUUCCAGAGUGGCACCUGCGGCCAGGCAACCUACACCCCCGGUGAUGGCGAGGGCGUCGUCAGCGUGCUGAACGAAGAGCUGCUGUCUGAUGGCACGAUCAACGUAGCUGAGGGCACUGCCACGGUAGUGGAUCCUUCCGAGCCUGCCAAGUUGGCUGUCACCUUCUACCCAGGCACUCCUCCUGGCAAUUACUGGGUCCUGGACACCGACUUUGACAACUACGCCCUGGUGUACGGCUGCAAGAACGCCGGCCCUCUGUACGCAGACUUCAUCUGGAUCCUGAGCCGUAGCCGUUCCCUUCCCCAGGAGACCGUAGAUCGCCUGCACACCACCCUGACCUCCCACGGCAUCAAAAUCGACAAGCUCAUGACCACCCCACAUGUGGGCUGCGACUCCAUGCCCGAGUAAAUUCAUGGAAGGCAAGGCAAGGCAAGGCAAGACAAGGCGAGGCAAGGCGAGGCGAGGGAGGUUCAUGGGCAGUAGCAUCACCAGAGCUGACUAGCCGGUGGAGGAAGAGAGAGAGGUGGUGUCUCUCUUCAUAUUAGUCAGUCUCUCUCUCUUUCUCUCUAUUUCUCUCUCUUUCUCCCUCUCUCUCUCUGUUCCGUGAGCUGGCCUCAUUGGUAGGCCUAUUCAUUCCAUCGGUGGGUAACAUGAUUGCCGAUAUUAUUUCUCACUAGCCAUGAAAUAAUUUAAAAAACUUCCUGCAAUCUAAGUAAGAGUUAUGUCACAUUGUGAUAAUUUUUUGAAUGUUACCGUGCAGAUUCAGGCAAAUUUGUCCUUUUUUGGAUGUGUGCUUGCUUUUGUGGUGUAAAUAUGUCAUUACAAAUGUAUCAAUAUUUGAAUGUCAGUAAUAUUCAUGUCACAUGAUGGCAUUCGUCUUUUUUUACAUUCCUCUUGUUCUUUGUUGCUGUUCCUGGUUAAGUAGCUUGGUGUCUCUUAUCUGGCGAUUUGGGUUUUUUUUUCUGUAAAGCCCUUUGCAUUGUAAUG